UGGAGACCGGGGCCGAGGCGCCGCGCCACAGCUUUAGUAGGCUGCGUGGCCUUGGCGAGUCGGCCUUGAUCUCUUCGGCCCUUUGUCAACGAGACUUACCGUACCUGCACUGUUUCAGGAGCAAGUUUUUGACCUUCUACAAUGGGUGAACCACAGCAAGUGAGUGCACUUCCACCACCUCCAAUGCAGUACAUCAAAGAAUAUACAGAUGAAAAUAUUCAGGAAGGUUUAGCCCCCAAGCCGCCCCCUCCAAUAAAAGACAGUUACAUGAUGUUUGGCAACCAGUUCCAAUGUGAUGAUCUUAUUAUCCGUCCUUUGGAAAGCCAGGGCAUUGAACGGCUUCAUCCUAUGCAGUUUGAUCACAAGAAAGAACUGAGAAAACUCAAUAUGUCCAUCCUUAUUAAUUUUUUAGACCUUUUAGAUAUAUUGAUAAGAAGCCCUGGGAGUAUAAAACGAGAAGAGAAAUUAGAAGAUCUUAAGCUGCUUUUUGUACAUGUGCAUCAUCUUAUAAAUGAAUACCGACCCCAUCAAGCGAGAGAGACCUUGAGAGUUAUGAUGGAGGUCCAGAAACGUCAACGACUUGAAACAGCUGAGAGGUUUCAGAAACACCUGGAAAGAGUAAUUGAGAUGAUUCAAAAUUGCUUGGCUUCUUUGCCUGAUGAUUUGCCCCAUUCUGAAGCAGGCUUGAGAGUGAAAACUGAACCAAUGGAUGCUGAUGAUAGUAACAAUUGCACUGGACAGAAUGAACAACAAAGGGAAAAUUCAGGUCAUAGGAGAGACCAGAUUAUAGAAAAAGAUGCUGCCUUAUGUGUCCUAAUUGAUGAAAUGAAUGAAAGACCAUGAACAAUAUUUCUUUUCCUUUUGGUAACUAGCAUCAUAUGUUAGUUUAUUUUCGUUUGGACUGUCUGAAAAGAGAUAUAACUAAAAAUGUAAGCAGAUUUUAUCUUGACUCUAAUUUUUUCAAUUCUGAAGUAUUUUAGUUAGCAAUAUCUAUAAAAAAUAGAGGUGAAUGAAUACUGUUAUAGUAAGAAUAAUCACUUUAAAAAGUACAGUGGGCCAAUCCUGUAGUAUAGCGCAGCACUUAAGUGCUGUACUUAGGGAGCCAGAUCCCACGUGGCUAACUGGUUCAAAUUCUACCCCCAGUGGUUUGAAAAAAAUGCUAGGUACAUAUGUGCACAUGCUUAAAAUCCUGAUGGGAUAGAGAAGUGGAAGGAAAGCAAUUGCUAUGAUCAUCCCUCAUUCGGGGGUGCUUCUCUCCACCCUUCCUCCAUUGAGCGCACACACUCUGGAAAUAAAAUAAAUGUGUUUACA